CCCCUUGAACAAAAAAUUUCCCCGUACGUUAUUAUUUUCUCGUCGAAGUAACUGAUUACUAAUUUCAGUCUCGCUUUUUAAAUGUUGUGUUUAGAUUACUAAAAAGUUGGCGCUUUUUCAAUUAACUAUCUUCUGUUAACACAAGGCUUGGGUAGUUAAUUUCUCAGAAAGUUAUGAAGUGAUUCAAGCACAUUAAACUACUAUCUGAUUUACUUAGUGAAAUUUUUGCCGACCAGAACAUUUAAUGAAAUGCAUCCUGAUCUGUCCACACAUCUUCAUACAGGAGAGUGUAAUGACAUUAUUUAUGCUCUUAAAGUGUGUCACAAAGAGAAUCCUUGGAAAAAGUUCUUAGGUGUCUGUAAUGAUUUAGACCAUGCUUUGAACAAAUGUCUUAAAAAUGAGCGAGAAAGCCGGCGAAAGAAUAAUGCAACAAAGAUAAAAAAUUCUGAAUGAAACAAGGAAAGUGUUGUGACUGAGAAGGGAAAAUGAAAUGCAAAACACAUUUGAAAAUUAAUUUAUAUCAGUUUGUUGCUGAAGUUUAAAGAGGGUCAGUUUAUUAUUUGCUAUAAUAACUGAUUAAAUGACAGAUAAAAAUGAGAUCAUUCUGUUGUAAUGGCUAGUAUGCCUGAUAUUUUGAGAGGCUGGCAUUAUGGUGUGAUAUAUUCUUGGUGAACUGCUACCUAAUUGCAGUUCUUUGUAGAAACUAUUUCAUUUACAUUGCUACUUUUUUGUAUUACCUGUCUCUGAAACCAAUAUAUAUAUGAUAUUACUAAAACAGGACCCUAUUUUGUCUCUUAAAAGAAAAAGAGAAUAAAAUUGAAAAGAUUUGAAUUAUGUUCACUGUGAGAAAAAAUUAUGGAAAACAAACCUGUUUCUCUAUCUUUUGUUUUCUCUGCAUUUUUUUUUUUUUACUGUAAUUUAACACAAUCUUUCCAUGUUGGCUUGUGUUGAUGCAUCUGAAAGUUUGGAUAUACCUAUCAAUAUUAGGGGAAUAGUAUGGGUGGAGGAAUGGGAAGAUGGUUAUAAGAAGGAAUAGUAACCAUAAAAAUGGAUGAAGGAUAGGAGGAGGAAAGCUAGAAGACGAGAGAGAAAAGAAAGUUUCAGGUGAAACAAUAUCAGGUGUCUGCCCAUAUAUGUAAUGUUCUCUAGUUGUAUAGUUGGUAUUUUUUAAAGUAUCUACAUUUCUUGAAUAUUUUUGAUCUGAUGUUUAUGAAGAUUUUUGAGGAUUUCCCUCUUUUCUGCUAUGCACAGGUCACACCUUUGUUGCAUACUUGAGCAGAAACCCUAAAACAUGUCCAACUAACAAAUUGAACAUUUUAGAAACAGUUAUUUAUGAAGCAGAAGUUACUUCUCCAGACUUCAACCUAGUUGAAAUGCAUAAACAUUUACAUAAGCACAACAAGAAACAUUUAAAAAACAUUUACAAAUCUUCCUUUAAACAUAAAUAAAAAGAACAUUAGAGAAGGACUGACUAUAUUUGUAAACUAAAAGAAACAGUUUUGGACUAUAGUAAAUGAAAAAACCUGGAAUGAUCCAGAAUUUGCCAAAUUAGAAGUAAAAGAUGUGACUUGUGCACAGCAGAGAAGUAGAGAAUUUUCAAAGUCAUUCAUAAACAAGGCUUCAAUUUAAACACCAUAUUUGAGAAAUGCAGACACUUUUAAAAAAAUACCCUAUUAUUUAACUGGAAAAUACUGUCUUCACUAGACCAAAACCACAUAUAUGCACAAAUACCUGAUAUUGUUUCAUCUGAAACUUUAUUUCCUUGUUCUCUUCCAGUUUUUUUCCUAUCUAUCAUUCACCUUUAAUUUUAUAUUUACUUUUCCUUUUUAUAUUUAAUUUCCCCUGCCCCAUCCUUAUUACUCUCUCCCAGUAUUGACUAAGUUUAAUUCAUUUUAAUCAUUUAAUUCUGUUUGGUUUCAUAUCAUCUUCAAACAAUUUACAAUGUAUUUUUUUUUCAGCAACUUUGCAAUCAUAAUUAUGGAGAUAUAUAACUCAUAACCCUUCAGGAAAAGUUAUUUACCUUAAAAAUAGAAGUUCAAGAAAAUACAUUUUUUUAAAGAUAUUUCUCAUUUUCUCAAAACAUAUGGAGACAAAGCCGGAAGGUCCAAACCAUAAAAUCAAUGGUAACCAGCAUUGCUUUAUAAAUACAUUACUCUACAUAUCUGCAUCAAGUACUAUAUAUUUUUAAUUAUUCAUCAUACAUGAUAUAUGAUAUACAAGCAUUAUACAUAUAUAUCCCUACUCACUCUGUUGAUAACAUUGUUUGGAACAAAAGGCUAUCAGUGUUGUGCAGUAAAGACCCUUUUGUUUGUAGGGUACAAGGUAACCUCAUUAGUGCUAGUACCAUGAUAAAAUGCACCUAAUACAGUCUGUGAAGUGGUUGUAGAAUGUGCAAAGAAAACGUUGAGAGGGCUCUUUAGUGUUGUCAAAGGUAUGACAAUAUUUUUAAUGCUGGUGUGAUGAUAAAACACACCUGGUUCACUCUGUAAAAUGGUUGGUUUUAGAAAUACCAUCCAACCCAAAAAUGAAAUGUACAAGUAAGUUAUGGUCAUCUGCCCUGUCUAAGUCAGGCAAUAAAUUUGAAUAAAAUUGACUGAAAAAUUGAAAAAAAACAUUAAUUCCUAUUCAUCCUUCUUAUUUGUCUAAAGAAAGCUGGAAAAAAGCUGACCCAAGACUAGAGACCAUUCCCAAAUGUUUGCAACAGAGUGGUUGAUACUAAAUGCAUUCAGGAAUCAUGGGGGUGAUAAAGUGGAUGAUAGAAUAAGUUCACCACCCAAGAAUAGAGACAGUCCCUCUGGUGUACUUUUUACACAAUUUCUGUUUACAAAGUGUCACUUACAAAGAUACUGAUGUGGUAAUAUGUCUUUUUGAGCCAGCAGUUUUAGUAGAAGGGAGUAGUCAAUUAUAUCAACCCCAGUGCUCAACUGGUACUUUAUCAACCCUGAAAAGAUGACAGACAAAGUCAACCUGAAGUCAGAAUGUAAAGAACUGGAAGAACUGCUGCUAAGUAUUUUAUCUAAAACAGUAACAAUUCUACCAGCUUGGUGCUUUUGUGGCGGUAAUAA